AGCAAAUGAAAUGAGAAGGAGGAGGUCCAUUGCUAAACCUCUUAUCUAGCAAGCAUUCUUUCAUAUUCAAUUAAAUGUAUAUUACUUUCUAAGAGUUGGGCAAUGAAUUUUGGUUCAUAAUAGCUUUUCUUUAUUUUAUCGUGUAUAGAUUACCAAAACUUCAGUUAUCCUUGCUUUUGAUAGCUUGCAUGCAGAGUUUCGAUCGAUUUUGAGCUUCUUACAGCAUGUCGCUCAGGAACAUAGUUUUUCUCGCCUACAACUUUAAUCGGUCAGUCAAGAAAAAAAGUAUUGCAACAGUUGUUGCUCAAAUAAUAAAAUCCUUUGGCUUUUUCUUUUUACCGAUCGACUAUUUCUCGUGCUAUUUUGGUACCUUAAAUUUGCUAUUUGGAUUCCUUUAAGCCGUCAUUCAAGCCCGUAACCGCUGUAUCAGAUAAAUCUUGCUCAAAACGUUUCACAAUAAUUAAUCCAAU